AUGGAAGACAAUCCUGAUUUCAUUCACUUUAUACAGACGAUGUGGGUGGAAGACCAGACAGGUCGUGUGGUGUCCAUGCGCCACCUUUCACCUGCCGAGCUGGCUCCUGCUACGAUGUAUUUCGACGUCCCGGAAAAUGCGACGAGUUUGCGAGCAUUUGAGCUUUGCAACCUCCACGGCCUCUGGAGCAGCGAGGUAGUGAAUGUGAGCCCUGGCUCGGCUGCACCGGCGGCCCGGACCGGCUGCACGUUUCGGCAGUGUGAGGAAGGUACGGCGGUUUCAGCUUGCCAGGCCUUCACAGGUGAGCUGCAGAGACGCGAGAACUUCCAGCCCAAGGUCGAUCCGACAGGCAAGCAUACCCCAUACCUGCUGCUCAACGGCACCAGAGCCACGAUUGUGGUCGGCACCGGUGCAACUCCCGGACACGAGGGCAGCUUAGUGCACCCAAUGGAGCCCUCCGAUGACAAGAGCUUGGUGCACUGGAUUUCGCACAUCUAUGCUGUGGACGACUUGGGCAACCUGGUGGCCUUUUGCGACUUGCUGCCAACGGACCCUGCGCCGGCCACGUGUACCUUCGAGGUGCCAGAAGGAAUCGGCUUCCUCAGGCCGUUCGAGUAUUGCAACGUGCAUGGCCUGUACAUGGGCGAUAUCGUGCAGGUGUCUAGCUGGAAUCCCAGCGCCCAGCGCCAGUGCUUCAAAAGAGAAUGCUCUGCCAGCCACCCCUCCUUGGGCCCAACAGCCCCGCGCAGCACCGCCGUGGAGGCCAUGAUUCAGCAACAGCAGCUGGCCAGUGCCAGGAUCAGCUCUGUGAACAUGUGCUUGAAGCACAUGGCCGUGUACUACAUUCCCAAAUCUUUGCUGAGUACCGAGCUCCUUGUGGAGAUUGGUCUCCUGACACAAGACGGCGAUGCAGCCAGUGACGUGUCCCGACGUGUCCAGAUCUUCCCAGACCUGUUCGCAAAGCUCAAUGCACUGGGUGGCAAGUGGUCAGCCCGCAGCAUCGUCUUCGAGCAUACCAUGCAGGAGGCCAACGGCACGCAGCCGCAGCUGCGGCUGGACCUGGUCAACGAGGUGGAUAUGCGCUUCACGCAAAGCGUGGCGUCGGCAGGGAACCGAACUUAUGCCGAAGGCGUCAAUACGGCCAUCGUGGACUUUACUGAGGAGCUACUGCUCAUCCAUGCGAGCUUUGCGAUGGACUGGGGCUAUGCCAGCCAGAGAUCACUAGGUCCGCACUACACCAUCUUCUACUCACCGGAUUUCGUGCAUCAGUCCGUAAAUGUGGCGUUAUGUGCGAAAACACAUGGUUGGAUGGGCAUUGGCUGGUUGGAUCCAGACAGGGCAGGCGGUCCUCUCAUGCAGGACACUGACAUGGUAGUCGCUUUCGUGAAAGAUGGCCAGGCCGGCGUCCAAGAUCGCUUUGCUCGCUGGAUCGAAGAGCCGCUGAAGGACGAGUUGCUUGCAGGUCAGCGCUCCGACGAUGCCGGGAAUCCACUGAAUGGUGUGAACGAUCUCGAGCUCAUCUCAGGAGCCUUGGGCUCAUCUGGGCGCGAGUGGUGCCCGGACGAUGCUUGCAGCCCUGGCUUCACUCUGGUGCAGUUCCGACGGCCCUUUGCAACAGACGACAUCUCCGAUAUUACUCUUCCUGUUCGCAGCGCCAAGAUUCGCCUGAUCUUUGCAUUCGCUCGGCAAGAUCCUUUUGAGACGUACUUGGAGCAGCACUUCUCAACGUCUACGGGCUAUGUGGACCUGCCUUGGAAUUUAGACUGUGCUCCAGGCACAUUUUUUGAAAUGGCCACGACGGAGUGCAAAGCUUGCGACAAGGGUUUCUUCCGACCUGCGAACACCUCCGUCUAUUCCUGCAUCCGAACUCCCCCAGGGACAUUUCAGAACGAGACGGGCCAAGCAUCGGCGAAGCCGUGCAAAUCGGGCUUCACCACCCCAGCAUCUGGUGCCAUCCAGGACUUCGAAUGCGUCUGCCCGGGUCCCUCUCUGUCCGUGCCGCGUGGGAGGUACCAUGUGGACGUCUGCGACGGGGCUCCGCGGCGCGAUUCACAGGGCCUUCUAAUACGCUGCGCCAGACUGGGAAACUGCCUCGACUGCCCCGAGGGGAUGAUCUGCAGGGGAGCGCGGGACAUCGUUGUCAAUGACGGGGGCGCAGCAUCACGCUUGGCCACGUUCUGCCUCUCCUAUGCAUAUGCGGACAUGGAGGAGUGUACUUCGCGUACAUUUUGUGAUGCCAAUCCCGAGGACCCUGCCUGUGACCACGCCCCUCCGGAGCUGUUGCCAGGCUUCUGGUCGGCUGCUGACGAGCCCCUGUCUGUGCUGUCUUGUAAGAACGCGCUACACUGCCUGGGCGGGCGGCCUGGAGCAGUUUGCGCUUCCGGGCGCGAGGCGUGA